GCCACUCCUUCCUGUUUCCCGUUAAGCACAUGGACGCUCUGACCUCCCUCCCGGAGCGGGCGCAGGGAGCCGGUAAAGAAACAGAGGGACUUUCGUGGCAGUCCAGUGGUUAAGACUCCUCAAUCCCAAUGCGGGGGACACGGGUUCGAUCUCUGGUCAGGGAAGAUCCCGCAUGCCGCCUGGUGGAGCCAAAACAAAAAACAAACAAACAAAAAACCACACCAAAAAAAAAAACCCCACACCCAGAGACCUCAGCUGAAAUGACUACCUGAGGUUACAGAACAUAACAAGUGGCCGAGCUGGGACUGAACCCACAUUCUCCAGCAAAAAUCGGGGCAUGUUUUCCACUUUAACAGGAGAGAAAGCCUCCAAAUCAUCCUGGAGCCUGUCUGACCUGCCCCCCAGGAAGCUGGAGUCAGAGGCAAAGCCAGGUCACACGGGAGCAGGAGCCCAUACACGGCACACCGCCAGGCUCUGAGGACACCUACUUCGCCCCCAGCACCUCUGGGCACCCAUGUACCCACAAGAACACAUACAUCAGCUCCGAGAUUGCACCUGCUGACCUAAAGAUCCCAGCCGGAGACUCUGAGGGGCAGCCAGUCGCACCAUGUCUGUGACCAGCGGGAAGAUGGGGUUAUCCCUGACCCAAGAAAUCCUCAGCCACCUGGGCCUUGCCAACAAGACUGCAGCUUGGGGCACCCUGGGCACCCUCAGAACCUUCUUGAGCUUCAGUGUGGACAAGGAUGUGCAGAGGCUGCUGAGGGCCAUUGCAGGCCAAGGUGUGGACCGCAACGCCAUUGUGGACGUGCUGACCAGCCGGAGCAGAGGGCAAAGGCAGCUCAUCUCUCGAGUCUUCCAGGAGCGCACCCAGCAGGACCUGCUGAAGUCCUUGCAGGCAGCAUUCUCUGGCAACCUGGAGAGGAUUGUAGUGGCUGUGCUGCAGCCUGCAGCCUGUCUUGAUGCCCAGGAAUUGAGGACAGCCUUGAAGGACUCAGGGUCUGCUGAGGAUGUGGCCUUGGAAAUUCUUGCCACCCGAACCCCACCCCAGCUGCAGGAGUGCCUGGCAGUCUACAGACACAAUUUCCAGGUAGAUGCUGAGGAGGACAUCAGAUCUGAGACCAGGGGCAUCUUGCGGGACCUGCUCCUGGCCCUGGCCAAGGGGGGCCGUGAGAGCUACGCUGGAGUCAUUGACUACAACCUGGCAGAACAGGACGUCCAGGCACUGAAGCGAGCCGAAGGACCCAGCACAGAGGGGACGUGGGUCCUUAUCUUCACCCAGCGAAAUCCUGAACACCUCGUCCGAGUGUUAGACCAGUACUGGCGGUACACGGGGCAUGCGUUGGAUGAGACUGUCCGGGACCGUUUCCACGGAGCUGCGCAGGUGGCUCUGCUCAGCCUAGCCUCGGUGAUCCGGAACACGCCGCUGUACUUCGCUGAUAAACUUCAUCACGCCCUCCAGGAAACUGAGCCCAAUUACCAAGUCCUGACGCGCAUCCUUGUUUCUCGAAGUGAGACUGAUCUUCUAAGCAUCCGAGCUGAGUUCAAAAAGAAAUUUGGGACGUCCCUCUACUCUUCCCUGCAGGCUGUGGUGAAAGGGGACUGCCGGUCAGCCCUGCUAGCCCUGUGCAGGGCUGAAGACCUUUGAGACCUCAUCCCCACGUGAUAUUCAAGGUCUGAGAUUCCCAUGUUUGGCUGAGCCUGCAGGAGACCAGCUGGGCCUCCAAAUAAGAUAACCCCUUACUGAGCACCACAUAUUCAGGCUUCUUGUUGAGCCUGGAACUCAAAAUUCCUCCUAAAUCCCUCAGUUCCCCUCACCUCAAAGUGAUGUGUGCACCUGGAUCCCCUAGCUCUGUCUUGGGUGUGUGAUCCUGGGAUCUCUUUGAUAGUUUCUGCUCUACUCGUUCUUCAUGUAUUCUGGCCAGAACAUCUCACCAAUACUUGAAUUCUUUCGACAAACUUCACCAUCCUCUGUGUUCCCUAAUUGAAGUUUGGGUGGAGCAGGACAUGGGCUGGAAGGAGGCCUUGAAGUUGGAGGUGCCUUUGAUGUGCACUUAGAUAUUCAACGGGAGUCCUGUUUGAGGCUCUAGACUACAGUUGUCAGCAACACCCCUCCCCUCAGUGUCUCCCCUCACCAACAUUAUUCUCUCUUCCCCAGGAAAUUUCAAACAAAAUAAUUGAGAACCAGGAACCACAAUGAGGUCAGGAAUGGUUAGAGGCAGCAAAGGACCAUCUGUAUGACCUAAGAAACAAGCAGAGGAUCAAGCUACCCCUCCCUUGCAUGGGAAGGCCAGGUUAGCAGGGCACACAAUCCCCAGAUUCAUCUGUCCAAAGCAGGGACUUGGAAACCCACCUCCCAAAUUAUAGUACUACUUCCAAAAGAAGACCUAACAAAAACAGAUAAACAAAAACAAAAAGGGGAAAAGCAGGCUUUGGCUCCCCCUGCUGGCUCUAUUAGAAAUGACAGGCCACCCCCUCACGCCUCUUUACCUCCCUCCUCCCCCUUCUUGCAUUCCUCCAUUGGGUCAAAUACUUAACCCCAUAGCUGCAGGGUAAGGCAAACAACAGAUCUCAGGAAAGAAGUUUUAUUUCC